AUGCUCACUCGCAACGCACGAUCAUGUAUACGCCAAUGUGUCCGCAUGUACACCACACGUCAACCACCCACUGUCCUUGGUGUCCGUGAAGCUCCCAUUAUCGAUCGUAGCGGCUGGUUCGAACGCAAGAAACAAAAGCUACGCGACUUGACAGACUAUGAAAAGGCUUUUGCAGCACACGCAGCCGAACGUCGUCACUUGGUGGAAGAGGCAACCAAAUCUUAUUUUGCCGAUGCACAUGAAAUGCGACAACAUGGAGGGAAAAUGUAUAUUGCUUCAGACAAAUUGAUCAAGGCCGAGAAAGCAGGAUACAUGCCUGAUUUCGAAGGCACUAAUCUCCAGAAGAAGCCUAUCCAUACGACCGAUCUCCUGGCAGGCAAAAUCUCUUUGAUGUCAUUCGUUUAUGCAAAAUAUGGUGAGAGCCAUGUCAAUUCCUUUGUCGAUCCCUUCUUAAAGCAUUUUGGCAAAAACUCGGAUGUGCAAUUGGUCGAGGUUAAUGUGCAAGAGAAUCUGCUAAAGCAAUGGCUAUUGAAAGCAUUCGUACCAAGCAUUCGCAAAAACUUGCCCGAGGAACGUCAUGCAAACUAUGUUUUAUUGCUUCAAGACAUUUCACGAAUCCGGAAAAUGCUCGACAUGACAAACCAAUACAUUGGCUACGUUUUCUUGGUGGACGAACAAUGCAGGGUACGAUGGACAGCUCAUGGUGAAGCCACACAAGAAGAAAUAGGACACAUGUUGGGAAUGGCAGAAUAUUUGCAAAGCAAGAUGAAGAAGAUAGAGCUUAAAUAG